UUCGCGACACGAUCGAUACGGCGCUGUGGGAUGACUCGUCACAGAGCGCCUGAGCACGGUGGAGCGAGGUGUUACGUACCACCGCUCGUCCGCCACUCUCGCCGCCUAUAAAGCAUGAGCGCUUUUCAGCUUACUGACCACCCUCUUCACAGUAAUCCCUAAAAACCCAACAUGACCGACAACGCAUCUCACAGGCUUGACCUCCGUGUCGGCGGCAAGUAUAGACUUGGCAAAAAGAUUGGCUCUGGCUCUUUCGGUGAUAUUUACCUCGGUAUCAACAUCAUCUCUGGCGAGGAAGUCGCCAUCAAGCUCGAGUCCGUGAAGGCCAAGCACCCCCAGCUCGAAUAUGAGUCCAAGGUCCUGAAGACCCUCGCGGGCGGUGUUGGCGUACCCUUCGUGCGGUGGUUCGGCACUGAGUGCGAUUACAACGCCAUGGUUAUCGAUUUGCUCGGUCCUUCCCUCGAGGAUCUCUUCAACUUCUGCAACCGGAAGUUCAGCCUCAAGACCGUCCUCCUCUUGGCCGAUCAGCUCAUCUCCCGCAUCGAGUACGUGCACUCGCGCAACUUCAUCCAUCGCGACAUCAAGCCCGACAACUUCCUGAUGGGUAUUGGCAAGCGCGGCAACCAGGUCAACGUCAUUGAUUUUGGUCUCGCUAAGAAGUUCCGCGACCCCAAGACGCACUUGCACAUCCCGUACAGGGAGAACAAGAACUUGACGGGUACUGCUCGUUACACGUCCAUCAACACGCACUUGGGUGUUGAGCAGGCUCGCCGCGAUGACCUCGAGUCGCUCGCGUACGUCCUCAUGUACUUCCUCCGUGGCGCGCUGCCGUGGCAGGGCCUCAAGGCUGCCACCAAGAAGCAGAAGUACGACCGCAUCAUGGAGAAGAAGAUGACGACGCCCACCGACCUGCUCUGCCGUGGCUUCCCCAACGAGUUUGGCAUCUUCCUCAACUACACUCGCGCGCUCCGCUUCGACGACAAGCCUGACUACUCGUACCUACGCAAGCUCUUCCGCGACCUCUUCGUGCGCGAGGGCUACCAGUACGACUACGUCUUCGACUGGAGCGUUCAGCGUGCCCAGGAUGACGGCAGCGGCAAGAGUGGCACCCGCCGCAAGGUCGUCCAGGAGGAUGACGAGCACCGCGCAUCUGACCGCAUGCUUCGCUCCCACACGCGCCAGGCUCAGCAGGCCCCGGGUGCCGUCGGCCAGCAGCGCGCCGGUCGUGGACGUGACGCCGACCUCUGGUAAAUGAAUAGAGUCCAUUGCGCUUGGUGUUGAGAGGACGUCUGGAUCUGGGGUUGUGUGUCGCUGUUUUCUUGCACGAAGAUCAGCGCGCCCCGAGUGGCGACCAAGAUAGUUUGGGGGCGGAGGGCAGGUGUUAGGGAAAUCAGGCUUGGUCGCCGAGAGAGAUCCGGAGGGGUCGAGAGAAAUGGAGCGCGGGGAUGCUGGGUUCUUCGCGAGUGGGAUGCGGUCGGCGA